GGCAACACGCGCAGAGGUAAGAAAACACACACACACACCGCCACUUCCAGAGUCAGCAAUCCCCACACCCGCACUCCUCGCCCAAAAUCAAACGCUUCUCCCCUCCAAAACCCCAACGCCUCGCCGUCGCCGGCCUCGCCUCCGCCGCGGGUUCCGCCAGAAGCGAUGCCCCGGAAGCUGCGGGCGCUCCGCAAGAGCCACGCCCUCGCCGGAGCCGCCCCUAAUGCCGACCUCGUCCGUAUCCUCUCCGCACGGGUAUCCACCCCAGCUCAAACCCUCGCUUCGGUGGCGACACAGGGUCGCGAUGACGCGGAGAAGCGGCGGGUGGUCGGUGUGGUGGUGGGAAAGGGCUGCUUGAAGCGGUCGGUGGGUGGUGCCAGCGGCGGGGGUUCCGGUUCGUCCAAAAAGGAUUGUGCCGGUGCAGAGGAGCAAGUGGCGGAGGUGAUAGUGAGAAAAGGGUGUUUGAAGCAUCCAGGGGCUGAUGCGAGCAGUGGCAGCUCCAGUGCUGCCAAAAAGGUGAGAUUUGUGUUGGUGGAGCAGGCAGAAGCGGAGAUGGUUGGAUUCAGGAGGCCACGGGUAACAUGGUCCCCGGUUGUUGCCAAGACAAGGGGUAGGCAGAAGGCCAGGGUGACUCUUGCUGGUGCCAAAUCAAGCGGAGGGGAGCGUCGGCGGACGAGUGUUGAUGGUGAUUCUGAUGGCGAAGGUGCCGAUGCUGGAGGUGCAGGUUCAGAUGCCCAGUUGAGGUUGUUCAAGAGGAAUGUGGGGAAUUUCGGUACUGGUGAUGGAGUUGAGAAGGUUGCUGGAGCUGCAAGUCGGAAUACUACCUCCAAGGCUGAUAUGGAGGAUGGGGAUGUAGAAACAGUUGAUAGGAAGCGAAAGGCCAGCGAGAAUACUGAGGAUAUAGGGUAUGUUUGGUUGAUGCCUAACAUUCCCAUAACUAACCUUAGUCAAAUUCUGUCAGCCACAAAAGGUGUGGCAAACAAAAUGGCCACCAAAAUUGUAGCAAACUUUAGCAAGAAACUGAGUCGAUGACAUGUGGACCAUGGUGUAAUGAACUGCGGCAUGGCUAAGAUACGGUGUGCCAAUGUUAGUCUAAUUACCAAGCAUGCCCAUAUUUCUUGGUGCUCAAGUUAGAGUUUCUCUCGUAAAAUCAAGAGGUUGAGUAUUCUCUUGUCGCUGGCCUCUUUCCUGUGGUCUCUGUUGUUAGGAAGAAAGAGAAGGCAGAUAAAGGCAGGAAUGGGCAGACGGUGUGAAGCAACAAAAUGUGUUGAGGAGUAACCUGCUAAAGUUCAAGAUUUCUGUAGAAUUCGAAGAUAUGGACUAGGUUUUGGGUGGUCUGAAACCCAUUAAGAUGUUUAUAAUCUGUGAACUCUUUUGGUGAUGUCAGGGCAAGUGUUGUAGCCUCUCGGACUAAAUUUAUGAAUGCACUGGUGAUGUACUAACUAGUGUGAUAUCUCUCCAAGAGUCAUGAGUAUUCUCUUGGUGGUUUCAGGUUGAUGACUAAAUUUUUUAACUGUAUUUUCCAUAUGUGGUGAUUUCACAUAAGCCACUGUGGAAAAUGCAUCACCCAUUAGUUUUUGUAGUUUAUCCCAUGCAGUUAAAAAAUUGCACUUCUAUAGAUGAUUGCUUAUUUAGCAUCUCACGUUGACACGGAAAUAACAUUAUAGUAUUAUGCAUAGUUCUUUAUGAUUCCAGAUGUUGUGGCCAACAUAAUUCUAGCUUGCUUUAUUAUGGAUAUAUCAAGUGAUAAAUAGAAGGCCUUUGGAAUCUGGUUUUCUAACACUACUUUUGGUACCAUUUCAAGUCUUUUUUUGUAUUUAUGGGAUCUAUAUGCAUGGUGACUUUUGGAGCUGUAAACUACAUAUUUUCUUGAUUGACUUUCUGAACGACUGGUUACAGUUUUUCGAGCUUCAAGUCCAUUGCUAUAUGUAAUAGGUUAGAUUAGUUGCAGGCUUGCAGCAACUCAAGGAAAAUAUGAUGAUGGUUUGUAGAGUAUAUUAUAGAUGGUGCGUUCACAACAUUCAUCAUCGAUGCUUGACAGAGGCAGAUCCCAUCACUAAUCUCAGCAGCAAUAGUUGCAACCAAACAUGGGCUGAAUGCGUACUGACGGCCCGCACCGUACCCCCACCUUGUGGGGGACGAGCUCCGCAGCUCCUACGUCGACGUCUACUCCAACCUUCUCUCCAGCAGCAAGGGGCUCAUGAGCAUAUUUGGUUUGUCGAACAAAAGAAGGAUUUGAGGAUUUGAGGUACUCAAAGAUGUCAAGGGCAUUCUCAAGCCAUUGAAGUAACUGUUCUUGCCAAGCGCAGUCUAGGAUGUUAGUGUUAGUUUACAUACAUGGUACAAUGUUUUAUCUUUUUCAAAUUAGCCAAAUCUCGUGCGCAGUUUAUACAGUUUAACAGUUUAACAUUAGUCACGACACCAUUAUGGGAUAGCUAUGUCUUCCAAUUGCUGUUAAUAUAGUUGUCUUUAAUCUUAUAUUUGAAAAAAGCACCACAUUGGUAUUGUUCUUUUGAAUUAUUAAUUGAAGUAAACUACUUAUUUCAGGUUGACAUUUCUUCUCGAACCUCACACUUAUGCAAGCACUAACUGGGAAGCCUGAUAGAAGUCUCAAGGUUACAUUUUUUGUUCAAGAUUAAUAUACUAACCUCUGAUUAUUUGUGCUUGUUAUGCUAAAUCACCUGAUGACCACGGGUAUACGGCAAUAUCACUUACUGUGGUCAUACGUUUCAGAGUUCUAUUUGCUUAUGGUGGACGAGAAGGUAUUUUUUCAGUUUCGUGGUGUUACUUUGUCCAUCACGCAUCAUUAGUGUUUAGUUAUGUGACUGCUUCUAUAGCAGUAUUUCGUGGGAUAGAACAUUUUGCCAGUAACUGAUCUGGUCAUGGGAUGUACUCUCAAAAUGCAAGACGGUAUGUACUUCUACACUAGAUUGUUCUGGGUUAGAGCAGGCACAUUAAUAUAUCUGUUUAUUUUCCUUUUUGUGGUCUAUUUUACAGCGAUGCUCGCUCUGCCAGGUAGCUAUGGGUCCAAAGUGUGCAUAACUCUUGCUAACCUGGACGUAUUGUCUUUUAGA